AUGAUGUCAAGAAAAGCUUCUAGGAAUCCUAAAUUAUAUGUUUCAGCAUUAAUAGCCACUUCAGCAAUUGCCAUAACCUAUAAACUAUAUUCCACUUAUUUCACUACAACUUCUACCACUAAUAAACAAGAUGGAAAUUGUGAAUUAGAAUUGAAAUCAAAUUCAAAUUCAAAUUCAAACUCAAAUUCAAAUUCAAAUUCAAAAAAAUUUACAAUAUCAAAACGAUAUUAUAAUAAAUCAAUUGUUAUUACUUUAUCAUCAACAUUUUUAUCAUCUAAUUUACCAUUAAAUGAUAUAUUAAUAAAUCUGGAAAAUAUGAUAUUUAUAAUCCCACCAAAUUUAAAUGAAGAUGAUUUACCUCCAAUAAUUGAACAACAACAACAACAACAACAACCUACUAAUAAUAAUAAUGUAUCAUUUUAUAAAAAUGAUAAAUCUAAUUAUAAAUUAUUAAAAUGUUCAAAUUUUCAAGGUUAUUUACAAAUUUUAAAAAAUUUAAAACCAGAUUUAUUAUUAUUAUGUAGUGAUGAUUUAGGUAUAAAUUUUAAAAAUUUACAAUCAGAUUUAUUAAAUAAUUUAAAAUUGGAUUUUAUUAAUAUUGAUCAAAAUAUUGAUGCAUUAAUUCAACUUGAAUCAAUAUUUGAUUAA